AUGGCGCGUCGGAUGCGACCGCCGCGUCUCGAGUCGUUUCCCCGUCGCCGCCGCGCUCGCGCUCGCGCUCGCGCUCGUCGUCGCCGCGACGUUCGCGCUCGAGCCGCCGUCGCCGCCGUCGUCUUCCUCGCCGACGUCGCCUCGGUACGCGUCCAACCACUCGGGCGGAAAGACGCCGCCGCCGCCGCCGCCGCCGCCGCCGCCGUGACUCGACCGCCGCGCGCUCAACUCCUCCCUGACCGCGGCCUCGAUCGCGUCCUCCUCGUCCAGGCUCCUGCGACGCAAAUCCCCAAACCCCAAUCCGCCGGGAAGGUCGUCCUCGUCGUCGUCGAACAGCGCCGCGGUCUUCUGCAACGUCUCCGUGCUCGGCGCCGCGCGUCGCAGCCCGCUCCCGCCGCCGACGUGAUUAUUCCCGCCGCCACCGCCGCCGUCGCCGCCGCGCGCGCCGCCGCCGUUGCCCCACAGACCGUCGUUCAGCAACGGGAUCGCCGCGUCCGGGUUCGCGAUCUUCCACGCGCGGAUCGCGCGCAGCCCCGCCUCGUGCCCGGCGCGCACGAUCUCCGCGUACCUCCCGAACGCGAGGAUCGGAAUGUUCGCCACCGCGGGCCGCACCCGCGCCGCGUUGGCGUAGUCGGUGACGUACGGCAGGUGCGACUGCAUCGCCGCCAUCGUCGGGCACGUGGGGCCGCCGAGCCACUGCGCCGGACAACGCGUCGCCCCACGGCUUCAUCCUCGCCUCGGGUAACCCGUGCCCGCUGA